GGCGCUAUAAACAACACAAGCAGCUGACAAGUUCAAGUCGCCAGCUAGUGUGCGUUUGUCUUCCACCAAGUCAUCUGCGCUUCCAGCAAUGGCCCUGCUGAAAUCCACCAAGAUUUUGACUAGUGUCGGGGCUCAGGCCCCUGUUUUAGCAGUCCUACAACUCCGUGCAAGCUCAUGGUGGACUGAGGUACAGAUGGGACCCCCUGAUCCCAUCCUGGGUGUCACAGAGGCGUUCAAGCGUGACACCAACCUCAAGAAGAUGAACCUCGGAGUAGGAGCUUAUAGAGACGAUCAGGGCAAGCCGUUUGUUCUCAACUGUGUCCGAAAGGCUGAGGCCCAGAUUGCUGCUAAGAAGUUGGAUAAAGAGUACCUUCCUAUUGGAGGGUUGGCAGAAUUUUCAAAGGCCUGUGCUCAGCUGGCUCUUGGACCUGAUAAUGCGGUCUUAAAGAGUGGAAGAAGCAUCACCGUCCAGACUAUCUCUGGAACUGGAUCUCUACGUGUUGGUGCUAACUUUGUGUCACGAUUCCACAAUGUGUCCCAGGAUGUGUACCUGCCUAAACCAUCCUGGGGUAACCACACCCCUAUCUUCAGAGAUGCAGGCAUGCAGCUAAAGGCCUACUCCUACUAUGACCCCAAAACCUGUGGCUUUGACUUUAAAGGAGCCUUGGAUGAUAUUUCAAAAAUCCCUGAGAAGAGUGUGAUUGUUCUGCACGCGUGCGCUCAUAAUCCCACAGGAGUGGACCCAAGGCCCGAGCAGUGGAAAGAGAUGGCUGCUUUGAUCAAGAAAAGAAAUCUCCUGGUGUUCUUUGACAUGGCUUACCAGGGAUUUGCCAGUGGCGACAUUGAUCGUGACGCCUGGGCUGUGCGUUAUUUCAUUGAGCAGGGGCACAACGUUCUUCUGUCCCAGUCUUUUGCUAAGAACAUGGGCCUGUAUGGUGAGCGUGUAGGGGGCUUCACGGUGGUCUGUAAGGAUGCUGAAGAGGCUAAGCGUGUGGAAUCCCAGCUGAAAAUUCUCAUACGGCCCAUCUACUCCAAUCCCCCUAUGAAUGGAGCUCGUAUCGCCUCCACGAUUCUCAGCACACCUGAACUCUACAAAGAAUGGCUCGUGGAGGUGAAAGACAUGGCCGACCGCAUCAUUAAGAUGAGGGAGAUGCUUGUGUCGAACCUGAAGAAGGAGGGCUCCACUCACAACUGGCAGCAUGUCACUGACCAGAUCGGAAUGUUCUGCUUCACAGGGCUCAAACCGGAGCAGGUGGAGCGUCUGAUUAAAGAAUUCUCUAUAUACAUGACAAAAGACGGCCGGAUCUCUGUGGCUGGUGUGACGUCUGCAAACGUGGGAUAUCUAGCGCAUGCCAUCCACGCUGUUACCAAGUGAAGCUGGCACUAGGGACUAUAGUUGCAGCAGACAGAGAGCAAGAAAAAGUAAUUUAGAUGAUUCAAAAGUCCUCUGCUGCAUGUCUUUUAGGACCAGAUAUGAAAUAGAACUAAUGUAGACUUCCAGUUCACUUGAUUUGGUGUUAAUUCAUGACUCUGAAUGUGAGCCCCUCAAUGAAUUAAGGCAGGAUUCUUCCUUUUUAAAAAUGAUAAAAACGAGCUUUAAAGAAUAUCGCUUAUCAUGAUUUGUCAGAACUGAUAAGAAUGUUUUUUUUAUGGUACAAAAUGUUCCAAUAGAUCAGUUAACAACAAUUAAAAAUCAUGUUUUUGUUUUUAGAACAAUAACUCUAAAUAAGAGUGAUUGAAUGAUUACCCUAUAUGCUUUACGUUAGAGAAAUCACUGAAAGGAGUAAACCAGAUUUCAUGGUUGGACAUUAAUUGCAAAAACCUUCAAGGACUGUAACCAGUUUAUCAUGGUCAUUUCACCUAGAGGUGCAUAAACUAUUAUACUAAUCAAAAUGAUGAUUUGGCACCAAAGGUCUUUACGCAGUAACACAUUCUUAGACAUGUUUAUGACUAUAAGGGACUUAUUCUAUACUGAGCUACUGAAAGCUUACUUCUAGUGAUGAAGGAUUGCCCAUAGUGUUAGUGUCUAGUAUUUCCCAAAUGUUACACAUAAAUCAUUUAAUAAAUUAUUAGGCAUAAACACAAUUGUUUGUUUUAUCCUGGCCAUUAAACUUAAUCUGUCACUGAAUCUGUGGAAAAUCGACUUAAGAUUCAUUUUUGGGAUGAAAACUGAACACAUACUAUAACUGAUAUUUCAGUGGUUAAGUGAUGCUUUAAGAAAAGCUUUGCGUGUUUAAUGUGUGUGGAUGCUGAUUAUGUGAAUAUGCAGUUUGUUCUGUUUUGAAAAACUGUUCAUAUAUAUGUAUAACUAAUUAUUGUGUUCCUAAAGCAAAUUGAGCGAUACAUUAAAUUUCUCCAGAAGUUCUCCGGAACAGACAACGAAAUGAAAUGUCACGAGUGAUAGCCUACUGUAUGACUCUUUUUAAACAAUGAACAAAAAAAUAAAGGCGAGCUCAACGAAAAA